AUGAGCGGUAGUGGCAAAGCUUCCAUCGCGUGUCAGGCACGCGCUUUUUAUGGUGUGGGGAAGUACGAAAAGGCGUUGGAAUGCCUUCAACAGCUGUCUAUGCAGCCUGGGGGAGGGGACGACCCACGCCUGCAAGGCAAUUUGGUGUUGACAGAACAUGCCAAGGGCGGUUUCAAACGCCCUCUGAUUAUAAAAGAUCGUAUUACGACGUUGAGAAACUCUCUUAAGACACGGUCUGAAAAGGUUGGCAGUGUCCAAGGAGCUUUCAGGGCCAAAGAAUCCCUUCGCCUCGACGCGGAGGACGAGGACGGCGACGAGGAAGCAGACGACACCGAGACGGACACCUCCGUCCUGCUCUACAAUCUUGCAGCUCUGAAUUUUCACGAGAAGCAGUACGGAGCGUCUCAGCAUAUAUUGCACGCCUUGUUCGCCCGCAUCGAAGUCCUGGAAGAACCUUUAGCGGUGCAGGUCUGCUUCCUCUUCCUCGACGUGCUCCUGCAUAGCGCGCGGGGCAAUAUACACACAGUAAAAGAUCGUGAACGCCUUUCCCACAACACGGCUGCACUUUUGGCGUAUCUGGAGCGACCGCACGCAUUUAGUUCCACGGCUCUGGCCGCGUCAGAGAUGGAAGACAAGAACGGCAACGGCAGUGCGGAGAGCCUCGUCGGCUCGGGCAAGGGCCUAGAGACGGCUGAAUUUACCUUCCGCCUGCACUUGUACAAGGCAAAGGUGCGACUGCUUCUGAGGGAUAUCAAGUCCUCAAAAAAGGAGCUGAAAAGCGCCCUGGAGAUAUUUCAGCGGGAGUUGCGGCCCAACCCGGCAGACCCUUCGGCGUCGGGUAAGGGGGGCGCGCUCGGGGGCGGAGACUCGGAUGACGAGGUGGCCACAGCCGCUUCCACGGCCACCACGGCAGGCAACACUCUGAUGGGGGGAUAUGAUGCCUCGCUGCCGCCCGCCGGAGUUGCAAAUGUGGCGGGCUUGUACCUGAAGGCCAACCUGGAGUACCUGCGGCAGAACUACCGGAAGGCGCUGAAGCUCUUGGCCUCCUGCCACCGGGGGGAGGACAGCGCGAUGGGCGCUGCCUACCUGAAUGACAUGGGCUGCUUGCAUUCGAAGAUGGGUCUGCACUCAGUGGCCCUGCAAUACUUUCAAAGGGCGGUGGCCUCCUCAGGCCAAGAUCGACCGGCCAGCGCCAACGGCUCCCCGGCAGGCGAGACCCCCGGCAUGCCCCUCUUGCCCGGCGGCCGGCCCCUGGAGACGGAUGGCCGCGUCCUCCCGCAUACGUUCUGCGAAAUUGCCUACAACACAGGCCUGCAACUCCUCAUCCUCGGCCGCUCCGUACAGGCUUUCCGGUGCUUCGAGAACGCCUCUUUGGUCUUCUACAACCGCCCGCGCGUCUGGCUGCGGAUGGCCGAGUGUUGCGUGCACGCGUACCGGGAGGAGGAGGGCCGGCGCGAGGGUCCGGUGCGCGACCGCUUGGUCAGGCGGGUGGUGGGUCGGGGCCCGCACCGGCGCUUGGUGCUAGCGACGAGGAGGGGCGGCGACUGCCGCGAGUUUCAGGGCGGGGACGGCGCGGGAGGAGCAAGAGGCGGUGGUUUAGAUGGGAGCGUCGGGGAGGAAGCACGGGGCCGGUGUACGCUUAUUUAUGCCGUCAAAUGCCUGCAAAACGCGCUCUUCCUUCUCUCAGUCGCCUCCCAGGGGGGCGGCCGGUCGCGGCUGCCCAUGACCUCUCUGCUGGGCGGAAGUAAAUUGGCAGGGGCUGGGGAGACAGGCGGGGAGGGUGGAAGCCUGGACACAAGCAACGGGAGUGUGGGUGGCGGUGAGCAGCACGAGACCUCGGCACUGGGGGGCAGCACGGGUGCCGCAUAUGCAAGCGCAGACAAGAAAAGGGGAUCUUGGCAGGAGCAAGGCGACGCUCAGGUAGAGCAGGUCGUCCUUCUGACGCUCUCCUACGUCUAUCUUUGCCUGCACGAGCCCGUCUUGGCCCUGCAUUACGCAGAGCUCCUCCUCACCCGGGGGGCGGGAUGGGCGGAGGACGAGGGCAAUCGAGUGGCCGCCCGUACCUACGCGGCGGAGGCCCUGUGUGUCCUGGGCCGGCCUGACGAGGCCUUGAAGCACCUGCUGCCGGGUGGCACUCCGCUCUCCGAGGAGGCAGGGGUAAGCUCAUUGCAGAAGCAGUGCCAAGCCGAAAGCAAGAGGGUUGUGGUAACGGCGGAGUCCUUCCUACCGCCCGAGCAUUUCGCUGCUCGUGCCCGAUGCGCCCUUCACCUCAAUCUUGCCAACGUCUACCUGCUGCAGAACAACCUGGCGGCUGCCGAAAAAUGUGUCGGAUUGGGUCUCGCCGCCUGCCCAACCAGUCCGGACGCCCUGCGCUGCCUGGUAUUCAUCCUGCUGCGCACUGGGAACACGUCCGCGGCUCUGGAAGCUCUCAAGUCCAGGAGGCCCCUGAGCUUGAGCGUGCCUCCUUCACCCAGCACAAUGCCGCCACUGCCCGUGCAUCGGUAA